AUGUACAAUAACUUCAACAAAAGAUUUCUAGGUGAAAAGUUGCGCAACACAUUGUGGGGGAUCGCUGGUUCCACCACUGUCGAACAGUACGAGAGGCGGAUGGAAGCCCUGAAGGUGAAGAAUGUUGCUGCCUACAAUUACUUGGUUGCCGCUGCGCCAAAGGAGAAAUGGGUGACUGCAUUUUUCUCUGAGCAUGCUCGUUGUGACUCGUUACUGAACAAUAUGUGUGAAACAUUCAACUCGAAGAUCGUUGAGGCUCGCGAGAUGGCUAUCAUCACCAUGUUGGAGGAGCUUCGGACUAAGCAAAUGCAGAGGAUUCAAUACAGGGGGAAGUGGAUUCAAACCUACGAUUAUCCAGUUCCUCCCGUGAUUAAGGAGUAUAUCGAGAAGGAAUCAAAGCAUGCUGGUUCUUGGCGGGCAAUUUUCAAUGGUGAUGAUUCUUACCAAGUCAGUGGACCCGGUGGGCAGUUUGUGGUCAACUUGAGGCACAAAUCAUGCACAUGCAGGCGGUGGCAGAUACGAGGUAUUCCAUGCGUACACGCCGUUUCGUGCAUUCUCAAAAUUGACCGAGAAAUCACGGACUAUGUAUCUCCGUACUACAAGAUAGAUUCCAUGGUACUUUUGUACCGGAAUGUACUUUACCCCAUUAAUGGGGUUGACAAUUGGUCAAAGUCAUCGGAGGUCGGGUUUGACCUUGAACCACCACGCAGUAAACGACAACGUGGGAGGCCUAAGAAGAAUAGAUCAGAAAAGACAGUGAUAAUGGUUCGAUAUGACGGUGUGGAAUGUCUCCAGCGACAGAUGUCGGCCAAGUGUGGGUGGUGCGGAGUUAUUGGGCAUAACAGGCGAACUUGUUCGAAUGAUCCCAUGAAUACAUCAACUAGUUCGUCGAAUGUGCGUCCACAUGAGCAUAACCAGAACGAAUGUCAAUCUCAAGCUCCUCCAGCUGCUGCGCAAGGUGAAUCAUCAAGCCACAGGCAAGGGCAAAUGAGGCAGGAGGUACCAAUAACAUACAGGAAGAGAAGGAGCACUGCCCAAAGAUGUGGAAGGAGGGGCAACGAUGAUUAG